CAUUUGUUUUCAUUUUCGGUUAAAUUUGUUAAUUAUUUUUUUGUUUGAAUCGAUUUUAAUUAAGUUUUUUGUCACUCUUUUUGUAUUAAUUAUUACUGGUAAAAUUAUUUUCUUUGUGUGAAUUUACAACUGGUUUAUGAUUUGUUUUGUUCUUACCUGUGAUUGUUGUUCACUUUUCGAUGAUAAUGAUCUCAUCUCUUGAUCAAGCCUGGAAUUUGCUGACCAAAGCUCCUUCUUCAUUUGGUAAAUCUGAAGUUUCUGGAACUGUUAUCGAAGAGGCCAUUCAUAUUAUAUCGAUUAAUAACUUGAAGAAUAUUUAUAAAGAAUGAAAUCAGGUGAAGAGGAAAAUGAUCCUGCUAUUUGUCAAGUUUUUGAUGCUUUUUCUUACCUUCACAAUUCGUGUAAAUUUUGGAUGGAUAAUCAAUUGAUUAAGGAAUUAUUUAUCAAUCAAGUUGAAGAAUUGGCAAUUUAUCAGCAAAAGAUGAGAUAUCUGAUCAAAUCUUUAUUAUUUUUCAAGAUUGAACAAUCCUUUAAUUCACGUAUUUUAACAUGUUACAAGUAUGGAUUUUCUGUUUCCAGGUCAUUAAAUCCUCUUUCAUUGAAUGAAAAUUGUGAUAAAGAUGAGGAUAGAGAAAUGGACACAAGCUCUAAUCUAGAUGGUGAAUGUAAUAUUUGUAAAGGAGCAGUUAUGUCUAAUCACCCAGAAGUUGCUGGAAAUGAAAACUUAUGUAACUGUCAGCUGAUAAUGAACAAAUUUAUCAAAUUAACCCACGAUCUUCGGGAUCUAGACCUGUUGGAUGAGAUCAGUGGUGAUGCAGUUGCUUCGGUUAUUCAUAAUCACAUUGAAACCUACGUUGUUGAAAAGUGUAAAAAAAGCUUUGACGAAUCUUAUCUCAAAAAAUUACAAAUUUGGAUAAACAAUGUGAUAUUUAAAUGGCGUCAAUUGGUUUUCGGCGAUGAUCAAGCUUUAAUAAUCAAGGCCUCCGAUGAAAGACUUUUACACUUUAUGCAUGAAAUUUAUGCUCAAAUGAGAACAAGUCAAAUGUUUGAUAUGAUCAUAGAAUAUCCUGAUUCUGAACCUGCUCUCGAAGACUUGAAAGAGUGUCUAGAGAAAUGUCAUAACCGAACAAAAGUAAUUAACUCAAUAAGAGAUUCGUUUGAUGCUCGACUUCUUCAUCCUGGUGUCACAACGAAUGACAUAUUAACUGCGUAUAUUCAAACAAUCAAGGCACUUAAAAUACUCGACCCCAGUGGUGUUAUUCUUGAAAUUGUUUGUGAUCCAAUUAAAAAGUAUUUAAAAAGUCGCGAAGAUACAGUUCGUUGUAUUAUUACCGCUUUAACCGAUGAAAGUUCCGAACUUGUCCCAGAACUUGCUAAAGAUGUUUCUCAAAAUAUUGAUGAUGUUUCCACUAUGACAGACGAUGAAUUGAUUGGUAAAAAUUGGAAAUCAUGGAAACCAGAUCCAGUUGAUGCUGGAAAUCUUGGUCGAUCUAAAUCAGUUCGUCAAUUUGAUAUCGUCAGUAUCUUGGUUAAUGUUUACGAAAGUAAAGAUCUUUUCGUUGAAGAAUAUCAAAGAUUAUUAGCUCAACGAUUUUUACACAACUUUGAAUGUAAUGUAGAACAUGAAAGGCGAAAUUUAGAACUUUUGACACUUCGCUUUGGUGAAUCUGAUCUUCAUUCUUGUGAAGUAAUGUUACAAGAUAUUUCAUCUUCUAAAAGAAUUGACAAUCGAAUCAACGCCGGUGAAAUUGAAGCUCAUCACUGGACCCAAUUUCCAAUUAAAUGUCUCAUUUUAUCGGCACAAUUUUGGCCUGAUAAACUUGGACUAAAUGUAAACGAGGAAGCCAAUAAAUUGAAACUUCCACCACCAGUGAUAGAAUCAAUUAAAACUUAUACUCAGGCUUUCGAAACAAUCAAGGGAAGUCGUACAUUAAAUUGGAUUUCACCUCUUGGAUCAGUUGAUCUUGAAUUAGAUUUUGGAACAGCCGAUAAGAAACAAUCAUUCACCGUAACACCAAUUCAUGCGGCAAUUAUUUGGCAGUUUCAGGAAAAAGAAUCUUGGAAUUUAUCUGAAUUAAGUCAAAGUCUUUCUGUUUCAACUGCUCUUCUUAGGAGGAAGAUCAGUUUCUGGCAAAACAAGGGAAUAAUCAAAGAGAUUUCCAGUGAUCGUUUCAUUCUAGUUACUAAUCAAACUCAAGGCUCAAGUUCCUCUCAAGCGGAAUUAGUUGUUAAUCCAACUGAUGAUGAAGAAGAUUAUGAAGAUGAAUCAUUACAAGAAAUAAAUCAAGCCGCAUCUUCAAAUAAUCAAGAUGUCGGUGAAAAUAAACUUAAAGUUUAUUGGUCAUUCAUUGAAAAUAUGUUGACCAAUUUAAACUCUCUACCAUUGGAAAGAAUCAGAUCAAUGUUAAAUAUGUUUGCCUUGCAAGGAUCAAAUGAGCAACAAUUAACAAUCCAACAGCUUCGUAAUUUUCUUGAAACCAAAGUUCGAGAGCAUAAACUGGUCUUUGUUAAUGGUCAAUAUAAAUUAGCCUGAAAACCAAAAUUCCUGAUAAUGUUGAUUAUCAAUUAAUUGUAAAAAGAAAUAACCAAAUGUCUUGAAUAUUUUGAUUCUUAUCGAUUGUGAUAUAUUUAUAUACUUUUAAGUAUCUAAUAAUUAAAUGUACAAAUUGAAGCUCUUUUUUU